AUGAGCGAACAGGAUGUUAAUGAUGAUAUAUCUGAAAGUAGGGAGUUGUUAAGAGAAGAAGGUCAUGAUAACAACGAUUCACCCGACUAUUACCAACUUUCCUAUUGGUCACCAAACUCAAAUGAAGGAAGGGGAUUUAAUCGUAACAUACCGGUGAGCGACAAAGUUACUGCCGUUCUUUUUGAAAACCAAAGAUGGUACCCCCUUGUAGGCUGGGAGAGCCCGCUACCCACAGAACGUUCAAAUUUUUCUAAUGGCGAUGGUUCACGGUCAUCUUCUAAAAGACCGUUAGCUGCUCAAAGUUUUCUAUGGUGCGUUGACUUUACUAAAUAUCCAGAGUUUUGUGAUAGUGAAGGAUGGUCUUAUGCGUUUAACUUUAAUCACUUUUCUAGCGCGGAGUCGCAGGGAAUUAAUACUGGUAAGAAUUGUUUUGUGCGCCGAAGAAAGUGGUUUUCUCCAGUACCUCUAUAUUUACUAAACGAAAAACAAAAAGAUUUGGAAAUUUCUGCUGGAGUUGUAUUUGAUGACAGCCUAAUUUGGACCUUGACGGAUUCUGGCACUGAAUGCUUGGAAGAUCAUUCGCGUACUUUGAGCUCAUACUUUUCGCCGGGACAUACAAAAAGAAGAGGAUUCUUAGCUGUUGAUGGUUUUAAAAGGCUUUGUAUUUUGGAAGAUUCAUGUCUAUUUGUUUAUAUGGAAGACUCGUACGCUUUACAGAAAAUGGCUAAUCCGAUUCUCGUCUUGACGCUUGAUAGCGUCUACUCCAUCCGACCGGUUCCUAACGGCGGUGGAGAAAAUUACCAUAUUCUGGAUCACCCUUUAAGUUUUAUAUUUCGGAUUUCUUUUAAAAAGGACUCGUAUGCUUUUACUGGGCCUAACCGUAGGGAAGUUAUAAGUUGGUUUUACGACAUCAAAACGGUCAUAAAGGCGAAUAGGAAUUUAGAAGCUGUUGGUGGGGUUGGUGCUGGCAUUGCAGCUGGUUUAGCCGCUCUCGCUGUUGGAUUUAUGAUUUCAAGAUCGAGCCGUUGA